AUGUAAAUAACACCUAAAGCAUUAACUGCUUUACAAAAACUAUUAUCUGUUAAUUCACCAAUUUAUCCACAUGAAAUACGUAAUCAAGAACAAUCAGAUUCAUAAAUCAAUUAAAAAUCUCAGUAAUGCUUGAGUAAUGCAUAAUAAGAAACUAUUGAUAAUAGGCUAAAAUAAAAAAUAGCUAGUCCUAAAGAUGGAAUAGAAUCUCUAUUAAGAUAUAGUAUAAAUAAAGCAUCAUUAAAUGGCAAACCUUAAGGUAAUGUAAAAAAUGAGUUAAUUAAUGUUUUCAAACAAAAUCAAAAUGUAAAAGAAAAUACCAUAAAAAGAAAUGGAAAUACAUUAAAUUAACUUCUUUAACCUUAAAUAAAUGCACCUUAAAAAGAGUAAAGCACAAAAAUAGAUUAUAAAAAGAAAAGGCCUCCUCAACUAGGUGAUAUUGUUUAAGAUGAUGAUCAUAUAUAAUAAAAAAAAAUCAUGACAUCAAAAAGUCUAUAAAGAAGUCCAAACAAUAUCAAUAAAAUUGCAUCAGGUAUAUCAAAUUUAUUUAUCCUUCAGGCUUUUUUACUAGCACUCAUUCUAAAUAAACUCAUAUGAAUGUAUUUGGUUCAUUAAAUGAAGUCCUUAGAUAAUAUAUACAAUAAAAAAGCCAUAAAAAAUGUAUGAGAUUAAUUUAUAUUAGAGAAUGGUACUGCUCGAAAUCAAGAUGAAAAAAAAGUUAUUGAAAAGAAAUUGCAUUCUACAGAAAAUAAAAGAAUGUCAUAAUCAAAAUAAAAUAAUUUUAGCAAUCUUCUCUAAGAAUUAUAUUUAAAAACUUCUAAAAUUUUGACCUCCUAUUAAACUAAGGAAGCAUUAUGGAAAUAAGAAAAAAAUAGUUUAAAAGAGGAGCUUAAAUUUUUAAAAUAGUUAUUACAAUAAUAACAAGAAGAAUCUAAUUAAAAAUAUAAGAAAUGA